AUGAGGAACACUUCAAUCUCCAUAUUAGACCAAAAAAAGAGAAACGUUCAGAACAACCAAAAGCAAAUUAUCUGGGAGGCUAAUGGAGUACAGGAUUCAGAUUUACUAGAAUUACCAAUGGAUCCAAAAGGAUAUCUAUAUUCACAUAUCAUUAUUGAUGUUUCAACCCAGGAUUUGGACAGAAAUCCACUCAAAAGUAAUGAUGCCAAAACAGUACUAGAUUCAUUCAAAAGUAUUUAUGAACAAGGCCAUGUAAAACUUCCUACUUUCAGAAUAAAUACCAAUACUGGAAAAGAAUUCAAUAAUCAUUUAUUCCAAAACUUUUUCACAAAGGAAGUUAAAGUGCUAACGAAAUUUGGAUUUCCUGGAAAACAUAGACAGCAAUGCUUUGCAGAAAAGUUCAAUCAAAAAAUACAAAAGCCUAUCUUGGAACAAAUGAAUGCAGAGGAAAUGUUUACUGGAAUAACUUCUGUAGAAUGGUCCAAUGAUUAUCCCAUGCUGAUAGAAGCUAUUAGAAAGAAAUGGAAACGCAAUCCUCCACCUGUUCCAGAAGGUCUUCCUAAAAUUUCGAAUAAAGAUGACUUACUACCAGAAGGAACUCGAGUUUGA